UGGCUCGCGAUCUAUGGAAGGCUACAAUUAUUUGCCAGAAGAAGCGUAAUCAUCUUUUAAGAGGCUGGAAGCAGAAAUUUAUAAAAUUUUAGGCUGAGAGAAGAGAAUAAGCAAACUCAUUAUGAAGGAGUAAACCUAUCUGGGAAGAGUAAGAUAUCUAUAGUCUCUAAAUACAAAUCAUAUCCACUUAGUACCCGAUCAAAAUCCUUCUUCGGAACUUUUUAUGGGAAGUAUUACAGAAACGAAUCCAAGCAAUGCAUCUCUUGAUCAAAAUCCUAUGGGAAACUCUAAAAAGACCAAAGAAAGCGACCAACAUGUUGAUAGCAUAGAAUCUGACUAUCUGGUUAUUGAUGAAGAUAAUUUUGGCCAGUACAUGAACUCUGUGUUUAAGUAUACCAAAAUCUCUAUUGCUCAUCUUAAUUAUAUUUCGGAAUGAUGUCGGAGGACAAUCGAUCAGAAAUUCAAAUGUUGACCCGAGAGACUCAUUUUUUCCUCCUCCAAGUGAGAAUAUGAGAAUUGAUCUUACCAGAUCAUUGAGUAGAAGUGAGAGAAUUUUAUUUAUAUCCAUCAUCGUAGUCGUGGCUAUCGGCACAUCCUUAACAAUAUUAUUCUUGUACUUCUUCUAAAAUAAUAAGCUUAAUAUC